UAUUUGCUUGUCAAAAGUUUCUUUUUUUUUCUUUUUUUUGUUUGUCUCUAUUUUUUUUGCAGACCUCCUCUUUGACAACCCGUCGCCUGCAAAUGCAAAUACAUACACUCCAUCUCUUGAUGGAUUAUUAUUGUUAAGAAAUUUUUGAAGAUGCCUGAUUUGGGUCUAAUUGUGAAAAUUUAAUUUACUUGAUUUUAUUUUAUUUUAUUUAAUUUUUCAACUCUAAUCGUAUCUUUAUAAAAUUGAUUGCAUAUCUCUUUCUUCAGUUUUUAGGCUUUUCCUUAUUUUUCUUGUUUAUAAUUAUCUUAUUCAAGUGGAGGUGAUAUUCAACGGCACAUGAACUAUUAUUUGUUGUCACACAAUCAUAAGUGUUAUCUUCAAUCCGUCCAUUAAUUAGUAGUAACUUUAGUAUAAUGUCUAAAGCUCGCUCAAUUAUUUCUACCCAUUCUAAUAGGGAAGAAUCUGAAAUCAUUUCCAAUGAAAAGGCUACUGAUAUGUCAAAGAGUCUUAGUGACUUAGAAAAUAAUAUUGAAUCAAAGCCUUUAGAAGAUGAUAGUGAAUCCCAAGAUAUUCAAUCUAAUCACAAUUUAUCAACCAUUCAAUUGUUAAAGGCAAAAUAUCCUUGGUAUAGAUUAGCUAUCCAUAUAUUUUUAGGAUGUUUCUUCACUUCUUGGUGGUUAUCAAUUAUCAUUCAAAAGAAACAUAGACAUCAAUGGUUAAUUCCAACUGUUUUCUGGGGUAUGCUCAUGGUUAGAUUAAUUACCUGGCAUUGUAGAAUUUUACCUUGGUUGUUAUCUUAUGUUAAAAAGAUUUGGGAUUAUGUUACUGAUAUCAUUUAUGAAAAAAUUUUACCUAAAAGAUAUCAAAGAUUAUUAGCUGGAGCUACCAUUACAAUUGCUGUUGUUUUAUUAGGAACUUUUGUACCUAGUGAAACUCCUUACAGUAUGAGACAAGAUCGUGCAGUUUCAUUCUUUGGUUGUCUUGUUGCAAUGUUUGCCUUAUAUGCUACUUCAAAUAAUCGUAAUAAAAUUCAAUGGAAUACAGUUAUUGGAGGUAUGUUGAUGCAAUUUAUUAUUGCUUUAUUCGUGUUAAGAACAAAAUGUGGUUAUGAUAUCUUUAACUUCAUUUCUACUUUAGCUAGAGAAUUAUUAGGUUUUGCCAAAGAUGGUGUUGCCUUUUUAACUGAUACUGAAGUUAGUCAAUUAGGUAUGUUUUUCUUUACUGUUUUACCAGCUGUUGCCUUCUUCGUUGCUUUUGUUCACAUCUGGUAUUACUUUGGUGUUAUUCAAUGGUUUAUCGGUAAAUUUGCAUACUUUUUCUUCUGGACCUUAAGAGUUUCUGGUGCUGAAGCUGUUACUGCUGCUGCAUCUCCUUUUGUUGGUAUUGGUGAAAGUGCUAUUUUAGUUAAGGAUUUUAUGCCAUACUUAACCAAAGCUGAAUUACAUCAAAUUAUGACUUCAGGUUUCUCAACUAUUUCUGGUUCUGUUUUAGUUGGUUAUAUUGGAUUAGGUCUUAAUGCUCAAGCUAUGGUCAGUUCAUGUGUUAUGUCAAUUCCUGCUUCAUUGGCUAUUUCUAAGUUAAGAUGGCCAGAAACUGAUGCACCACUUACUAAUGGUAAAGUUGUUAUUCCAAAAUCUUUAGAUGAAGGUGAUAAACCUCAAAAUGUUUUACAAGCCUUUUCCCAUGGUGCUACUUUAGGUUUGAGAAUUGCUGGUACUAUGUUAAUUCAAUGUAUGUGUAUUAUUGGUUUAGUUGCAUUAAUUAAUGGUGUCUUGACUUGGUUUGGUAAUUUCUGGAAUAUUGACGGUUUAACUUUAGAAUUAAUCUUUUCUUAUAUUCUUUAUCCAGUUUCUUUCUUAUUAGGUACUCCAAGAAAUGAAAUCUUACAUGUUGCUAAAUUAAUUGCUACUAAAUUCAUUCAAAAUGAGUAUGUUGCUUAUACCAUGUUAACUUCUCAAUCUCCUUACAAUGAAAUGUCAAAGAGAGGUACAUUAAUUGCUACUUAUGCCUUAUGUGGAUUUUCCAAUUUAGGAUCUGUUGGUAUUACUUUAGGUGUAUUAAAUACUUUAACUAAUAAUUCUAGAGCUAAAGAUAUUGCAGCAUCUGUUAUGUCUGCAUUAAUUUGUGGAGGUAUUUCUACAUCAAUUUCAGCUGCCAUUGCUGGUAUGGUUAUGCAUGACUUGAAUGAAUUCCACAUUGCUUAGUUUAUUUAUCAUUUAUUUAUUUAUUUAUUUAUCUACAUAGUUUACUUGUUAUUUUAUAUUAAUAUUAAUACCCUAAUUUAUAAGUAUAUGUCUGCAAAAUUUAG